AUGGCCUCCAUCAAGACUAUCUUUCUCUCUCUUGUCGCCGCGGCAUCGCUCACCAAUGCCGCGGCUGUUCCUACACAGGAUGGACAAGUUACAGUCGAGACCCGGACACUCUCUGCUCGGGCCGCUCCACAGUGGUACUCCGGUACCUGGGAUAGGUUCCCGGGCAAGAGCACCUGGAAGUCCUUUGAUGAUCUUUUUAACCGUAACGACGAUAUGAUGAAGUACGCCGGCUCGACCCAGAACGACAUCAACCGUAUCAAGACCGGCAUCAACGCCGCGGCGUCCCAGUACAAGAUCGAUAACCGCGUUUUGCUGGCCAUGAUUAUGCAGGAGUCUCACGGCUACGUGGGCGUCCGCACUACCUACUCGUGGGAGGGCAUCCCGACCGCGGGCAUCAUGCAGUGCUCCGGCUGCCCGGGCUUCCCCGGCUUGACCAACCUGUCGCAGGCCCAGAUCACGUCCAUGAUCCUAGCCGGCGCCAAGCACUUCCGCGGUAACCUCGACCGCAACGGCGGCGACGGGUACCAGCCCAAGAGCGUCUACCCUGCUCUCCGCGAGUACAACAGCGGUAACGUUAACCACGCUGACCUUAGCGAUGGCCGUGGUGCUACUCCCAGCUACGUCAGCGACGUUGUCCAGCGUCUUGGCGGCUGGUUCGACUAA